AUGGCGUUUGAUGAAUUUGUUGGGAUCAUGAAGGCUUUUGAAUUAAACAAGGCAUAUGAAGCAAAAGAAAAGAAGAAAGUUACUAAUGUUGAAACUGUUCAGAAUAGUGCAUAUGCUGAAGGUUCGAUGGCCUUGCUGUCAAGACAAUUUGCUAAGUACUUGAAGCAGACAAAGAAAGAGAAUGGAAGAAAUGCAGAGGUUGACAGUUCAUCAAAGAACAUUCAGUGCUUCGAGUGCAAAGGCUUUGGGCAUGUCCGUUCUGAAUGUGCAAAUCUGCUGAAGAAGAAGGCGCUGGCUUGCAUCAAGAGUGAUUCUGAUAGUGAUUCAGAUGAUGAAUUGGCCUUAAAUAAUUUUGUGACAUUGACAACGUUUGUCUCCAGUGUUGUACCAGAAUCUGCAACAGAACCUUCAACAGAAACUGAAGCAAAGAACUACGAGAUGUUGUAUGAACACUGGCUCAAAUUGGUUGAAGAAAAUUCAUUAUUGACUAAGGAGAAGAUCAAGUUAGAAGCUCAAGUUGCUGCAGCACAGAAGUAUGCAGUUCAGAAAGAAGAUGAAGCGACUCAAGCUAGAGUUCAGCUGGAAGAGACACAAAAGCAAUUGAGGAUGCUUAAUAAUGGUACAAAUCAAUUGAAUCAUAUUUUGAAUAUUGGUAAAAGUCCUAUGGAGAGACAUGGUCUUGGAUUUAAUGGAGAAUCCUCAAAAACAGAAACUGUUUUUUCGUCUGAGGGAAGAAGAGAGACUGCAGCUACAUCUGCUUCAGAGCCGAAGCCCAUAAUUGCUUCAGAGCCGAAGCCCAAAAUUGCUUCAGAAGCAAAGCCCAUAAUUGCUACAGAGCCGAAGUCCAGAGUUACUACAGGGACUGCUACUGCUACGAAGACUGCAACUACUUCAAAGAAAACUGCAGAAUUUCAUAGUGCACCUAGAAGAGUUUUUCGACCUGUUUGUCAUCAUUGUGGAGUUGCUGGGCAUAUUAGGCCAAGAUGUUUCAAGUUAUUGAGGGAGAAUCAUCGAAGGGAGCAAGCUUAUGAUGGGAGAUUUCGUGGUCCAACAUGUUAUUGUUGUGGAGUUGAAGGACAUGUUCAACGUCAUUGUUUUGGAUUCAAUCGAAGGUUCAGUUAUGAAGGUCAAAGGUUCAAGAACGUUUGGGUUAGGAAAGAUGAUCUCUAUCAAGAUGGUGUGAUGGGCUAUCAACCUUGUCGAUUUGAUCAAGGAAGAAUUUCGAAUUAG